GUUGCAAUUGGAUGCAAUGCCUGUACUCAUGCAGUGAGCUGGUCGGAGUCUGGCGAGAUUGCGUACGCGGCAGGCCAGACGGUAGCGCUCUAUAACCCUUCACGACCGUUUGGCGUACAAAGAACGCUGCUGGGCCAUACUGGACAGGUCACGGCUGUGCGGUGGAUCGACCAGGACACGGUCAUCAGUGGAAGUACAGAUAACGCGUUGCGAAUAUGGCGUCGACAAACCUCGCAGGUGGAUGCAGACUGGGCUUGCCAGGAAGUCUGCACACAUGACAAGUCCAUCUCUUGCAUUGUCUCAUGCGGAAGCCUGGUCAUUUCGAGCGCUAUGGAUGGAAACAUCUGUGUCUUUCAAUUUGAUGCCGAAAAGGGCCUUUGUGAAGUACAAAAGCUCAGCUACAGUCCACUCAUACCGCUCACAAUGGCCCUCGCCAAAUUGCCAAACUCUAAUGACUACGUGCUAGCGGUUGGAGGCACGACGACAAAAAUAUCUCUAUAUACAACGUCCAACGGCUCGGCUGGUGGCCUUCAAUUUACGUUCAAGACCAAGCUUGCCGGCCAUGAGGACUGGAUUCGCUCAUUAGACUUUCUCGAGGAUGACAGGGACCUUCUUCUUGCUUCUGGGUCACAAGAUCGUUACGUACGGAUAUGGCGAAUUGGCGCGGCUCCCUCAAAUUCGACAGACAAGGAGACCGAUGAACUUGACGCACUUGCCAACCUGGACUUACUGCAAAACAAGGUCUUUCCUUUCGCAAGCUCGUCCAAGCAUUCUUGGGAAGCCCGAUUUGAAGCUCUCCUUGUAAGCCACGAGGACUGGGUCUUUAGUGUUCAGCUCUCGCGGACGUCAGACGGCACACCCUGUCUUCUCUCCGCUUCUGCAGACUCUUCCGUGAUUGUAUGGCAACCUGAUGCAGACGCAGAUAUCUGGACAGUCAGUGCACAACUCGGCAUCAUUGCAACAAAAGGUGCAAGUACGGCGACUGGGUCGACAGGCGGAUUUUGGGGUGCCGUCUUUGGUGGCGCUUCUGCAAGUCAUCCAACCUUGCCGGACGCCACUCAGAUUUGCGCAUGGAAUAGAACAGGUGCACUUCGUCUUUGGAAAAAGCAUUCUUUUGAUGAUGGUGGCAGCGCGCGGUGGCAGGGUGUCAAUGCUAUUGGAGGCCAUACAAAGCAAGUACGCUCCUUGUCUUGGUCGCCAGGCGGCGAAUACCUUUUGACGACCUCGCUCGAUCAAACCACUAGGCUAUGGGCGUGUAAUGCUGAGACCAAAGCAUGGCAAGAGUUUGCGAGACCUCAAAUACAUGGCUUUGAUCUUCAAAUGAUCCAUGCACUCUCUGCGGACAAAUUCCUUUCAGGGGCAGAAGAGAAGCUGGUGCGUGUCUUCGAAGCUUCUGGCAGUGUCUUGAACCUGCUCAAUCGGGUCGCAAAGACGGAUAUUGUUGUUGGACAAGAGGCGGCCGAGUCGGCCAAUUUACCAGCCCUGGGAUUGUCUAAUAAAGCACUCGGCGCUCAAGAUCGCGGGACACAUCUCGAUCGCAGUGCUUUGGAUGCGUCGUCUACAACAGACCUCGACGCAGAGCAGCAGGCCUCUCUGCCUGUCAGCAAGCAAGCUCUUGAUGAUCUCACAAAUGCACCCCUCGAAGAUCACCUGCAACGACACACUCUCUUUCCAGAAUCAGAAAAGCUCUAUGGCCACGGAUACGAGAUUCAGGCAUUAUCUGCGACGCACAAUGGCAGAAUUAUUGUUUCUGGGUGCCGAGCUACGACUCCUGAACAUGCAUGUCUGCGUUUCUAUGAUGCAGAGACAUACCGACAGCUUGGGCAACUUUAUGGCCAUACGUUGACUGUGACGCAGGCACGCUUUUCCGCAAAUGACACAUUCCUCCUGAGUGUUUCGAGAGACCGUUCUCUGAUUUUGUACAAACACGCUGCGUCCAGCGAGACUGGCUUUGAUGUUGUCAAGACUGUCAAGAAGGCGCACAAACGCAUCAUUUGGGACUGUGCUUGGCAUCCAAAUAGCACACUUUUCGCCACUGCGAGUCGAGAUUCUAGUGUCGCAUUGUGGACUGUGAGCGAAAGUGAGGAGGGAGUGUCUGUCAGUCAGAUUCAGUCUCUGACGCUGGCGUCAGCUGCGACUGCAAUUGCCUUUUCAGCGGACGGUACACUUGCUGUGGGCUGCGAAGAUGGCUCUUUUCAUGUGUAU